AUGUCCAUCAACGAGUUAACCGACACGGAGUUCAUCUCGCGUAUGAUGAUCGAGCCGCACGAGAACUGGACAGCCGUCCAACAAGACCUGAAUGACCUGUCGGAGCAACUUACUCUGGAAAUAAAGGUGGCUUCGAGUCACAAACAAGAGUGGAACUACAUACGAUCGGAUCAGACCUUUCUUCUUUCUACCCCAGCAGCUAAGAUCAUCACGCUCUCGCAGUUGUGGCACAAGAUGGAAAGAACGAAGCAGGAGAUAUCACACAUCGGAGUGAGAUCCACCUUCACGAAACUGUUCUACAAGAAUAUGGCCGAUAAGAGCUCCGGAAGAAUCAUCGAAAAGGAGAUCUAUGAGUGCUUACGCAUAAUAGAUAGCCAGACGAGACAGCUGACGGCUCUGAUAGAGGAAGUGAAAACAUUCUUCCAACGUGCUGAAAAUGAUUUCAGAACCGGACCCUGCUCCGCCCACGUAGAGCAUAUAAACGCGUUAUUCAGACAGGCCUUCGAGACUUUAACCUUGGAGGACAAGAAGAAAUUCGACGAAAAAAUUCUUGAGCUCCAGAGCCAGUUAAAUGACCAGUCGGCAGAAAUAACGCGUCUGAAAAAUGAGGGAGCACGACCUAACCCAAACGAGUCUCACCCGAAACCAGAAAAUGUGGAACCCACAGACGACGAAUACUUCGAUCAGAUGAGACGAGAGGUCGCUGAAAACGAUGAAGUACCACCCCUGAUGGAAGAGGAGUCGGAUGAAGAAAAUAUGGAAAUUCAAGAGGAACAACUGAAUGAUGACGAAAAUCUGCUGGACUUCCCACUUGAGCAGAGAAGAUCACCUGAACCUGAUGAAGAAGGCAUUGAAGAAUGGGGGCUACGAUGUCGUCUGCUUGAAGAUGAAAUGAAUCGCGUUCAAGAAGCUUACCGAAAUUUCCCAUACCGCAAGAAGGAGCACAGAUCACCAGGGAUCCAUCCGGGGAUGAUGUGCGCGUUUUGCCGAGCCAAAGGCGAACAUUUCUCUGACUCUUGCCCUAACUUUAUCGACGGCGACGAAAGAUACGACAUAAUUUUGAACGAAGGAUGGUGCAGAAUGUGUCUGGAAAUGUGCAACUGGGAAGCUGAGUGUCCGCGUGCGCAAAAAUCUUGCUAUUAUUGUGAACGCGUUCGAGGAACACCGUUUGACUACAUGCGACACGGCGUCGAACACCAUACGGCCCUCUGCAACAUCCCCAAUCGCAAGGAAGAAGCAAGUCUAGCACUCAGAAGGGCAAAAGAAGAAUUCGAGGGAGCAUUCGCAGAACUGGAACGCAAGCACAGGCGACGUCGAGAGCGUCAGGAACACGAAGAACAGUUGCGGGCUCAUGAGAUGCGACGACAACACGCGUACGAUGGGCAGCCAUUCGAGGAACACCCCGAAAAACCGCGUGGGGGGAGUGACGACGAGCGUCGUCCCUGA